CCCGCCAUGGCCGGCUCUGGCAGCCGGCUCCUAGAAGAUGACUUCCAGUUCGUCCUCUGCGAGGGCUGCCGGCAGGAAUCGCCCAACCUCAAGCUCCUCACCUGCCUCCACACCUUGUGCCUCGAUUGCUUGAGCGAGGACAAGCCCAUUGGGCAGUGCCCCGUGUGCCAGACGGCCAUCCCACAGGCCAGCGGCAUCUCCGACAUGGACAACCUGCUCUUCACCAACCUGCAGGCCAGGCUCAAGUUCUACAAGAAGAUCGUUGAUGGAGUUGACUUGUUCUGCAACAACUGUGAGAAAACCGGUGAGUUCUGGUGCUCCGACUGCGAGGAGUUCCUCUGCACCAAGUGCUUCGAGGCCCACCAGCACUACCUGAAGAGGGAGAGCCACCAAGCCAAGAGGGUGAUGGACAUCAGGGCAGGGUCUGCUAAGGAAUUCCUCAAGAGCACCAGGAGGACCAGUAACUUGUCCUGCUCCAACCCGACCCACAAAAGCCAGACUGUAAGCAUCUACUGCAAGAAGUGCCAGAAGCCGCUCUGCUGCUCGUGCGCGCUGCUGGACAGCCAGCAUGCCCCCUUCUGCGACAUCCGCAGCGAGGCGCAGCGCAGGCAGGAGGAGCUGGGCACCAUGAGCCAGGAGCUGAAGGAGAAGAGAAGCGGCUUCGAGGCCACCUACGCGGCGCUGCAGGAGGAGGCCGCCCGGCUGGAGCGGGCGCAGCGGGAGAUGCGGGAGCUGAUCCGGCAGCGCGUGGAGCAGCUGGUGCGGCUGAUCCGGCGGGAGGAAGAGGAGCUGCUGGGGCUGGUGGAGGAGCGGCAGGAGCAGGGCCGGCGGGAGCUGGCGAGGGAGCUGCAGCGCGUGGAGGGAGUGCUGCGGCGGAUGGAGGCGGGCGAGCGGCUGGUGGAGAAGAUGAGCCUCUACGCCACGGAGCAGGAGGUGAUGGACAUGCAGCCCUUCAUCAAGGACUCGCUGGAGAAGCUGCAGCGGCUGCAGCCGGUGGUGGCCGGGGACCGAGCGCAGCCCGGGGACUUGGCCGAGUGCCGAGCCAGGCUGCAGGCGCUGGUGGAGCGCGUCACGGGGCGCCCAGAAGCCACCCCAGCUCCAGCCACAGAAAACUCCCACUAGGUGAUGAAGGUUGAAGACAAUGACGAUGGGUGGAACCAGAGAGUGCCACAGCAGCCAAGCUGCUCGGAUCAGCCUGGGACCGACUGUUUGGUGUCCCCCAUGACUCUCGCCAAGGAGGACAGCCUGCUGGAAGAACAGAAUGAAAGCAUUCAGAUGAUGGUGGUAGAUGGAAAGAAAAUAUUCCCAGUCCUGAAUCCAGUGAAAUAUUUGUUCAGCUUGAUGGCCAAAAAUAGUGUCUACGACAUCAGUCUGAGGAAUCUGCUGUGCCACCUCAACACUGUCCACAGGCCCAUCCUGGGUGGCUUUGGUCUCUGGUCACUUCCCUUUCCCACCCUCUUGAAAGCGUUGACGGUCAUGAACGAGAAAGAGGAGUUCAGCUCUGUCGUGUGUGGUUUCCUGGACAUUUUGCCCCUGAUUAAGGAGAAGGUCCCCAAGAGGGAUAACUAGAAGCUGAAGAACUUGGCCAGUGCUUGCCUCCGGUGGCACUUUGGUGACUGUGGCACCAUGGAGAACGCCAGCUUCGUGAAGUACCUGUGUGAGGUCCUGGACGUCGGCCUGGCGAAGAAAGCCAGGCUGAUCCUCAGUCAAGCCAGCCUGGACUCCUUCAUCUCCCUCCAGCCCUUGCUGGCCAAGAAGCUCCUCACCAAGCCAUCAGCCCAAACAUUGGCCACCCACAACAUUGGCCUCUCUGAGCUCCGGUACUGCUACCAGCACAACCCCAAGAAGGGGCUCCAGAAAGCGUGCCGUCUCAUCAAUGCUCGUCGGCACAGCUCCGAAAAGAAAGACCGAAACCUGAGCAAGGUCAUGGUCUUCCAGCGUGAGGAGCAGUCAGCUGAAAUCCAGAAGACACCGGCAGCCAAAGAUUUCUGA